AUGGCGGAAGCCGAGAAGAAAGUGCGCGUGUCUGGCGAACAAGCUAGAGUAGAGCCAGCGGCGUCUUCUGCUUCAAUACUGCCGACCACAGAGAAACCUCAACCACCGAAGCCUUCAUUGCACCCAGCAUUUUACGUGGUUACAUGGAUCGGCUUCAGCGGAGGUGUCAUCUUGUUCAACAAGUGGCUACUAGACACACUGGGAUUCAAAUUUCCCAUUACUCUGACGGCAUGGCAUAUGAUGUUUGCCACGUUCAUGACCCAGCUUCUAGCGCGAACUACUACCCUCCUUGAUGGCCGCAAGACGGUCAAGAUGACCGGCAAGGUCUACCUUCGAGCUAUCCUCCCCAUUGGAUUCUUCUUCAGCUUGAGCUUGAUCUGCGGAAACAAAGCGUACCUCUAUCUGAGCGUUGCCUUCAUCCAGAUGCUGAAAGCCUGCAUGCCGGUCGCGGUUCUUCUGACUACGUGGGCAAUGGGCGUGGCGCCUCCGAGUCUGAAGACAUUGGGGAACGUCUCCUUCAUUGUCGUCGGCGUGGUCAUUGCGUCCUACGGCUCGAUCGAGUUCAAUCUGACAGGCUUCUUGUAUCAAGCCGGUGGUAUUACGUUCGAAGCCACCCGACUAGUGCUUGUUCAACGCCUUCUCAGCUCAGCGGAAUACAAGAUGGAUCCACUGGUCUCACUCUACUACUUUGCGCCUGUGUGCGCGGUCAUGAACGGUCUGACAGCCCUGGUCGUUGAGGUGCCCGGCAUGAGCAUGAAGAAUGUCUAUGACGUUGGUAUCUUCACGCUGGUGGCUAAUGCAAUGGUCGCCUUCCUUCUCAAUGUCUCUGUCGUCUUCCUGAUUGGCAAAACUUCCUCGCUUGUGCUCACACUGUGCGGAAUUCUCAAGGACAUCCUUCUGGUCGCCGCUUCAAUGAUGAUCUGGGGCACGCCUGUCACAAACCUGCAAUUCUUCGGAUAUUCGAUUGCCCUGGGAGGUAUGCUCUAUUACAGACUGGGUGCUGAGCAGCUCAAAGGAUAUCUGCAGCAAGCAGGCCGUUCUUGGUCCGAGUUUGGCGUCCAGAGACCCGCAAUGCGCAAAGCGCUUGUCUUCGGGUUGGUCCUUGUGACCAUCUUCCUGCUACUGGGUGGUUUGGCUCCGACAUAUGCACCAGCGCAGACGAAGAAUCUGAAGGACAUCUUCAGCACGGGGCUCGGCUCGUGA